GUUGGUUUGGGAGUUGAGAGGGGAAUUCUGUUUUUGUUUUCAAAUCCCAACACCCUUCGUGGAAAGAUCACCUCAAAGUCAUUUCAGAGUACCUCUCAUCUUGGGGGCAAAGACUUGCCAAAUCAAUCAUGGAUGAGAUCCCAAGCACAAGUUGCCAGGGCAACGUUGCCAACAUUGUCCUCAUCCCAGAUCAGACAGGUGACCAAAACAGUGCCGCUGUCGCAGCAUUGCAACAGCAGAUCAUCGCCAUAGUCACAGAUGCUGGUCAGCAGGUGUCGUCCCCUGCCAGCACCGUCGGGACAAUCUUUCACGAUAUGGGCCAAGACAUCAACUGCACCUUCACCCAAGCCAUGACGACCCUUCAACAGCCUAUGAUGCAGACUCAGCCAAUCAUGCAGAAUCAACCGAUCGUGCAGACCCAGCCAUUGAUGGAGAGUGUUCCAGGGCAGGAUUUGACUCCCCUUACAGGACAUGUUCACACCGUCACGGAGGUCGGAGAGAACACGGACGCAACACUCGCAGCAUUUGAAGCCAUCACGGUUCUCGCGGAUGCCAGUAAUCGUCAAGGCCAUGGGGAGGUCCAAGACUUGGAAGAAAGAAAGGUCUACUCAUCAGUGAAAGCAAGUCUGUCCAAGUCGUUAGUCUCUGAAGUUGUGAGGAAGGCUGGGAGCCUGGAGAGUGUACUUACGAACAUCGCUACUCAGUUGAGCAUAAGGAACAUCCUGUGUGAAUAUGAUGAAGGGACUGGCGUCUAUACGCUUGAUGGCGACGUAAAAGAACUCGUAAAACUUCAGGAUGUUCUGAUACAUUACUACGAUGAAAAUAUUGACUUUAAUGUCGAGAAUAUUUCACCGAGCAAGGCAUUCUGUGAGACUAAAGACCAAGGCGUUGCCUGUGAUAUCUUACGGACGCCUGUAACGAAGUCGAAGUCUGGUCGGCUACUGAGUAUGAGAAUUUGCGAGGAUUCCUUCGACAACAAUGAUGCAGAGUAUGGAGAUGACAUGGAUGAUGAGUACGUUCCGACCAUUCGUAACAAACGUCGGCAUUUGAAACGGAAGAGGGAACCGCCGAAGAAAUUACGCGAGAUCAUUUGCGAAUUCCCUGGAAAAGCUUCAACAAGCAGGAACAUUGGUCCAAGCAAUAUGUCAAACAUUCCUGUUGAAAACUUUACAAGCAUUCUUGGUCCGGUCAGUCAGACUGUUGAUGAUGGCUCAAAGAUGCUGAAAUUUGAAGUCCAGCCAAGUCUACUGGGAACACAGAAAUUGGAGACUCCGAACCUCCAAGAAGAAACAAUGCUGGCACAGUCGAACGAGGAUGUUGUCAGUUUACUUGAGAAGCCAUUAGAGGGCGAUGAUGCUAGAGGAUUCAUUAACAUUUCAAACUUGACGGGCGUUGUCCAAGCAGGAUCAGUUGAGGCAGAAGAUUUUGCCAAAUAUGUUGACAUGGAUGCAAAUGAUUUGCUCGCUGAAGGGACGUCGGUUCUCGGGGGUGAUGUGGAGAAACCAGAACUGAAGCCUCCACUGGAACUGCCGCCGGUUACCCUUAGUGAUGAGGAGGCUAUGGCUGCGAUGGAAAGGGAGGAGGUCGAACAGAAAAUUAGAGUUGCCAAAGGAAAAGUCAUGACUUCACCACUGCAGACGUCACCAGAGAGGAAAACGAAGAAACGCAAGGACUACGAUUCUUUGAUGCCUUACAAGUAUCACUGCGAAGAUUGUUCCUUCAAGUCGAAGCGUGAGAGUCACUACAUAAAGCACAUGAAAAUCCACAAGGACAAUCCGGAUCUGACAAUCCUAAAGUGCAAAGUGUGUGAUUUCAGGACAAUACGCCAGUGUCACUUGAAACGUCACCAAGCGGAGCACAGUGCAGAGAUUUUACAAUGUGGUCAGUGCUCAUAUAAAACCACUGAUGAAGACUUGUUGAAAAAACACACCGUAGCAAAACAUUUGCAUGGAAAACCACCAUCUACGGCUACAGUACAACAUUGUCCAAAGUGCAACUAUAAGACGACUCGUCCAUAUCACUUUGAGCGACACCUACGGGUCCACGCAGAUAUUCUGGGCAUGUUGACGGGGGAGGAGGAUCAGUCGGCAACGGUGAAUUUAGUCCACUCGUACCAAUGUCCAAAAUGCCCAUAUCAUACGAAAAAGAAGGAGCAUUUCGUUCGCCAUCUUGGUGACGUUCAUUCGGAACAUCGCCCUUAUUUAUGUGACACGUGCGGCAAGUCCUUUAAGCGAGCAGACGCACUGAAGCAACAUCGCGAUGUCCAUGUUGACAAAAUGGCACGGAUGCUGCCGUACACUUGUGUGACUUGCAAGAAAAGUUUUAAAUCAAAGGCCCAUAUGAAUGACCACAAAACGAAACACACCAACGUCAGAGCCUAUCUCUGUGAGAUCUGUGGAGCGUCGUUCAAGACCAAGUCAGUCCAACGGAAGCACAUCAUCUCCAUCCAUAGGAAUCCUCGAGCCUACCGCUGCCCGCACUGUGAUAAAAGAUUCAAUACGAAGUUCGCACUGCAGAGGCACAGCACAACGCACAUGGUUCCAGACGGACUGAUCAGGACAACGGAUGUCCCUAUGUCGGAGCAUGAAGUGGUGAACAUCGAUGGGCAACAAGAGACACAGUAUAUCCAGGUUGAAGUGAAUCCAUCUUCACAGCUCACGACCAUUCAGACGAUACCCAUAAUGCAGAUGGAGAACGCGCAGGUCCAAGAUGUCAUCAUGAAAUCAGAGGAUUCAUUCGUAGAGCAGGCAGACGGAACAAGAAUUGUUCCACAAAUGUAUUCAGGGCCUGGCGAAGCAACAACAGCGCUACUGUAUCUGACGACUGGGAACUUCCCUGGAUCGUUUUAAUUUUAUGGAUUCGUACUUUGCGUAGCGAAGGAUUGUUUUCUGUCAGGAUGCCAUAUAAUAAAAGUAUAGAUAUAAUCCAUACUUGAUAAUGCAAAUAUUAGUAGAACUUACAUGUACAGUUAUUUACGAGAUGUCCAUGCAAGUUAAUGUGUGGUUCUCAAAAAUACUGUGCUACCAGGCUUAAGCCAGUUGAGGCAUGACUGUAACACAUAAGCAUUACACGUACAUAAAGUAAGCAUAUUCUACAAGUGUCUUUCAAUUCGCUUAAACACACUGACACAGUAUAUUUGAGCUACAUGUGUAAUAUAUACAUGAACAUGCAGUAUGCCUAUUUAUUUAAACAAUGAAGUGUAGAUUAUUUGUAAAUACAUGUAUAGGAAUAUACCUCCAAGAAGGCUGAAGUUAUAUAAGAUAUUGUCAUUUCGCCGAACGUUUUACUCUUUUCGUUACUCCACAAAGAUAAAGACACAAACAUGUACAUGUAAAUCUCAUCAAGAUUAACUCUUGCUCUAAUGAAUUGUGAAUAAAUCUGAAUUUAUCUAUCUGUGCUCUUAUUGUGUUCACUUCUGUUCCUUUCAAUCGAAUUGUUUUCCCAAUGCAGCAGUCAUUGUAACCCUGUACCCCUCUGGUCAUG